AUGUUCGGAUCACUCGGAAUCUUACAGCCCCGGGACUACGGCGGCGAGGUCACAGGCACGGUCGUGAUGAUGGGUCACAGAGACAAGGAGAGCAAGUUGAUGACCCGUAACGACGGCGAUGGGGUAGGUGAAGAUGCAGACGCCGCCAACGCCACCCAGGGGGACAGCUCAGACACCACCCCCUCGGGCGUCGUGACUGAUCCCGCCACCGUUGCCAGGGCAAAGGCGUCGUCCGAAAGCGACUCGUCGGAUCUCAAGAAGACCCCCGGAGGCAUCGUGCUGUUUCCCCAGCCACGAAACGACCCUAACGACCCCCUCAACUGGCCCAUCUGGCGCCGUGACAUUGCUCUUCUCGUUAUCGGCUUCCACUCCUUCAUCUCCGGAGGCCAGACCCCUAUUCUCGCGUCGGGCUUCAACAUCAUGGCCAAGGAGUUUGACGUGACGCUCAACACGCUCUCCUACCUCGUUGGCGCGUUCAUGCUGGCCAUGGCCGUGGGAUCGGCAAUCCUGGCCCCCACCGCCGUCAUCUACGGCAAGCGCAUGAUCUACCUCAUUUCGUGCCUCAUCUUCUUUGGAGGCGCCAUCUGGGGUGGUGCUGCAAAGUCGUUCGGUUCAUUGAUUGGUGCACGAAUCAUCAUGGGUAUCGGCGCAUCCCCCACCGAGUCUCUGCCCAGUUCGUCCAUCGCCGAGAUUUACUUUAUGCACGAACGAGCCUACCGACUGGGCAUCUACACACUGCUCAUGCUGGGCGGCAAGAACAUUGUUCCUCUCGUGUCGGCGUUCAUCAUCUCCGCCAAGGGCUGGAAUUGGGUCUUCUGGGUCCUAGCCAUCAUUGUGGGCAUGGACUUUGUGCUCAUUUUCUUCUUUGUGCCCGACACAUGGUUCAUUCGGGCACCUACCCCCAACAAGCGGUCCCUUGAGGAGUCCAUGAUGGCACAGGAGGCAAGAGCAAACUCACUCAUGAGCUGGAACUCGCGGCAGAGUAUGAGACGUGAUUUCCUCGAUGAAAUCAACGUCCAGGAGGCCAAUGAGGAGUUGAGGGAGAUGGAGGAGACAGCGGAGAAGGACGCUGAGAAAGAAGCAGCCGACAAGGAGGCUCGGGAGGAUGCAACAAACCCUACCGCUCCCGCACUCACUCGGGAAGUCUCCUUUGCUGACGAAUCAACGGCUCCUCCCGCCGACGAACCCGAGGUGGAUCUGCCCAUCCCCGAAGAUGGCGUUCUGGGCUCUUCUACGCCACCUCGACCCCCUAUGGUAAAGAAGCACUCAAUUCUGCGCGAUCACGACACUCCACAUGACCACCACGGCCCCAAGCAUACCUCUUUUGCUGUGGAGGAUCAGGAGGAAGGAGAUGGCGAUUUCCCUGGGUUUGGACCAUCGACUAGUGCACCUGGACGACCCUCCUACAUCUCCCGAAACCUCUCGUACGCGUCUCAUUUUUCUGUGGCGUCUCAAGACGUGCCUAAGAAGUCGUACAUUCAGACCCUGAAGCCAUACAUUGGCCGACAAAGCCAGGACAAGUUGUGGAUGAUCUCCCUACGUCCCUACGUUCUCUAUCUGUAUCCUCCGGUGAUGUUUUCAACACUGGUGUACUCCAUGUCGGUCGUGUGGUUGAUUGUCGUGUCCGAGACGAUUUCGCACAUCUUUUCGUCUCAGCCGUACAACUUCCCGCUCACUUCUGUUGGUCUGCUUUACGUUUCGACCUUCAUUGGCGGCUGUUUAGGCUCUGCGGUGGCUGGAAAGAUUUCCGACAUGUUUGUGCGAAUCAUGUGCCGGCACAACAAUGGCGUCUAUGAGCCCGAGUUCCGUCUUGUGAUGAUUGUGCCAGUCAUGAUCACCACGUCGAUGGGCCUUAUGGGCUACGGCUGGGCCACUCACGAUGGUGACCACUGGGCCGUGGUUUGUAUUUUCCUCGGUCUUUUGGGCUUUGGCUGCUCGUUGGGUUCGACAACAGCCAUCACCUACUGCGUGGACUCGUACAAGAUGUUUGCGUCCGAGGCGCUCGUGUCUCUCAACGUGUCUAAGAACGUGCUUGGUUUUGUCUUUUCAUUGUUCAACACCAUGGCUGUGGAGUCGCGGGGUCAGAAGACGGUCUUUCUGGCAUAUGGAGGAGCCCAGAUCUUUCUGUGUUUGUUUGGUAUUCCGCUGUACAUUUAUGGCAAGCGGUUCCGACGAUGGACUGAUGAGAUGAAUCUGAUGAAGUAUUUGUAUGUGCGGACGGAGGACGAUGCCGACGACGCCGACGAAUAA